CCUGGAGUAGACCAGUUCAAUCCCCCCCUGCUGAGACAACAUGGAAAAAUCGCUCGUGGAUGGAACCACCCUCAGACUGCGCGGCUACUGUGCCCGAUGCGGAUGCUAGACACAUUUGACAGCAAUCCCUCUCGCUCUCACAAAACCAGCUAUAGGUCCUUUAUGGAUAAGGUGAAGGAAGGUGAAAUUAUGAUCACAGCUGCAAAGCUUCCCGCAUUUCUAUAUGACGAGUCUAUGUUGGACCCCACAAGGAAAAGACAAGGUUGUCUUCGGGGAUACUACCUCAAACGUGUCUUUCGUCACAUAUUCACUGGGCCAUCAAGCGCCAUUUCGGCGAAUGCUCACAAAGGCAACAAAGCUCCAAAAGGCCGAAUGCAUGGUAUGACAUCACCACUUCCAAGGGCAAUUGCAUAUGCCGCUGUACAG